CGUCGGUUCUUCGAUCCAGCUCCUCAAUUGUAUAUAGGGAUUUUUAAUAAAAUAAUAAAAUUUUUAAUAAUUUUUCGAAUUUAUUUCUUUUAUUUAUUUUUGUAUAUAUUCGUAAGAUGAGGAAAUAGAUCUCGAAGCUCUUGUCGAUCUAAGUGAGCUUUCUCUUUGUCAGUUGAUACCUAAAGCUGGACCUCGGACCAAACUGAUGAAAAAAAUUGCAGAAUACAAAAGUGACAAAUUUAAAAAUUUAGAGGUUAUUUUUAUUUACUUAUUUAUUAUCAAACAAUUAAACUAAAGUUUUAAUAUUAUGGUAAAUUAUUUUCAGCCGAUAGAAGUAGACAUUGACACUCAAAAUCGUAAAAAGAAAAACACAAAUACAUUAGGUUCUCUUGAAAAUAGUGAUGAAAGUAUUUCAGAUACUUCUUCAGAUGACAAUAAAAGGGAAUUGAUAAUAAAAAAUGAUUCUGAAUUGGAAUCUACUGAUGAUAAGGAAAUGCCACUGACCGGAGGUGAUGAUGACCCUAUACCGAGAUUUGAAGAUCUUCUAGCUAAAGAAAACCCCAAUACGGUUGAACAAGCUCUUCUUUCUAGACCAAAUGAGGCCAAACUAAUUUUUUCCAAUUACCUAAAAAUUAAACAAAAGGGGAAGCGUCUUGCAAAAAACUAUGUUGGAUUGAUAUCAGAACAUAAAAAGAUUUUAUGUGACUUGAUUAUUAAAGAAGAAUUAAAGUCUGUGACUCAAAUGAUCUCGAGUGAUCGUUUUAAAUUACUUGCUAGUGAAAUUGAACAAUUAUUUCCAAAGGAAAAGGCGUCUGUGUACUACAGCCCUCAUCUUUCUAUUAGAAAAAAUAACAAAAUUAUUAAAAAAAGGGCAGCCCGAGGAAAAUUAUACCAUAAAUUUACAAAUUUUAGGAAAAAGUUAAAGGAUGGGGGUUUGAUUCAAAAUUAUAGUUGUGAAACAAGCUGCUAAAGCUACUACUUCACGCAUGCAUAUUACUCAAACCCUAUCUGUAAAGGAACAAUUGCGUUUCUCUCAUCGUAUAAGAUGUAAUCAGGGCCUACAUAGUAAUUCUGAUGUAGGUCCAACCUGCGAUCAAUAUAGUUCGAUUUCUCAAGUAGAUAAUUAUUAUUAUUUGUUUAGAACUUCGUUACCAAUAGAACAUUCCAGAGAUGGAAUUGCUGUCGCAUUAAACUAUAUGAUUGAAUUUAUUUUAAUUAUACAAUAUUAAAGUCAAAUUAUUGUAGGUAAUGUAGUUCGC